AACGAAAAAAAAAAAAAAAAACGGAGAGAGAGAGAGACACACACACGCACAACAGCUUCUUUUUCACCUUGGCUUCGGCUUCGCCGUAACUUCGGCUUUUCCCUUCCACCAGACCAAGCGAAAAAAAAACUCUUAAGGCUCUCUGCAACCAGAUUCCACCUCUACCUGACCUUAACCCUAACUAAAAUGGCUCGCUCUGGUUCAGAUCACGAGCCCCACCACACCCGAUCCCCACAGGGCCGCCUCUACAACCCUUAUCAAGAUCUAAACAUUCCAAUCCAGAACCUCUACCAGCUCCCAACCUCUCCGGAGUUCCUCUUCACCGAAGAAUCUCUCCACCAGCGCCGCUCCUGGGGCGAAAAUCUUACCUUUUAUACUGGUUCUGCAUAUCUCGCCGCCUCCAUCGGCGGUGCUUCAGUUGGGUUGUUCUCCGCCCUCAAAUCCUUCGAAUCCACCGAUACGUUGAAACUGAAGGUGAAUAGGAUUCUCAACUCUUCCGGCCAUUCGGGACGAGUCUGGGGAAACCGGAUCGGGGUUGUAGGAUUGAUAUAUGCCAUGACGGAGAGUGGAGUUGUGGCAGUUACGGAUAGGGACGAUGUGUGGACCAGCGUGGCUGCGGGGCUUGGGACGGGAGCUGUGUGCCGGGCGGCGAGAGGAGUGAGGUCGGCGGCUGUGGCGGGCGCGUUGGGAGGGUUGGUGGCUGGGGCAGCGGUGGCGGGGAAGCAGACGUUGAAGAGGUAUGCGAUGAUUUAAAAUACAGAGAGAAAGAGCUUUGCAAAUUGAGUUUAGGUUCUGACUUCUAAAUUGUUCUACGAUUACCAGUUGUAUCUCUUCAAAUUUUGAUCGUGAAGUUGUUAGCCAUAUAAUGGUAUUGAUUGUAAGUUUAUGAAUCAUGAUGGUUAUAAGAAUCUUGGAAUCAAUGAGACUGAUGAACAUGCUUUGCUAAAUGGAAAUACCAGAUUAUCCUGAUGAAAAAUUUUCAACUUGUAAUGAUGAAUAACAUGGUACUUCUAAUAAUUAUUUUGGUGACUGAUUAUAUAUUAAACUUUUUUUUUGGUUA